GGGCGCCGCCGAGCUCCCGGGCGGCCGCCGCGGGGCCGCUGCUCGCCUCGCCUCGGCCCGGCCCGGCCCGACCCAGGCAAGGCACCAUGCGGCGGGAGAGCGACUUCGCGGAGGAGAAGGCCCCCGCCAAGGGGGAAGGGGGUGCCGAGGGUGCCAUGCGAGCCCGCAAGAGGAAAGCUGAUGUGGCCACGUUCUUACAGGAUCCUGAUGAAGAAAUUGCCCAGAUGGAAAUAAAUAGAAAAAAGCAAUAUGAAAACCAGCCGUCCUGGAAUAACAUUAACAAAGAUCCCCAUAUGCUGAUUCCUACUCCAGAUAAAGAUGAUGAUCCAGUUGGUGUUGAUUACUCUCACUUUAUACAUCUAAAUGUUGUUCCAACUAGAGCUUCACCAUUACCAGUUCUGGGCUGGGCCAACAGAGAUGACGUAUGGAAAAACAUGAUAAACAAAGAGGAUACAUAUGUGAGGGAUAAACUUUAUAUGCAAAGGCACCCUCUCCUGCAACCUAAAAUGCGAACAAUUCUUCUAGACUGGCUAAUGGAGGUUUGUGAAGUCUACAAGCUUCAUAGAGAAACUUUUUAUUUAGCACAAGAUUUCUUUGAUCGGUUUAUGGCAACGCAACAGAAUGUUGUAAAAACACUAUUACAGCUUAUUGGGAUCUCUUCUUUAUUCAUAGCAGCAAAGCUUGAGGAAAUUUAUCCACCAAAGUUGCACCAGUUUGCCUAUGUUACAGAUGGAGCUUGUACAGAAGAUGAAAUCCUCAGUAUGGAAUUGAUCAUUAUGAAGGCUCUUAAUUGGAACUUAAAUCCACUGACAGUUGUAUCAUGGCUAAACAUUUACAUGCAAGUUGCGUAUUUAAAUGAGCUUUAUGAGGUAUUGUUGCGACAAUAUCCACAACAAAUAUUUGUACAAAUAGCAGAGCUCUUGGAUCUCUGUGUGCUGGAUAUUGGCUGCUUGGAAUAUACAUAUGGUGUACUUGCAGCUUCUGCUUUGUACCACUUCUCUUCAUCUGAGUUGAUGCAGAAAGUUUCAGGUUAUGAAUGGUGUGAGAUAGAGGAAUGCGUAAAGUGGAUGGUUCCAUUUGCUAUGGCUAUACGGGAAGUAGGAAGCUCCAAACUCAAACACUUUAGAGGUAUAGCUCCUGAAGACUUGCACAAUAUACAGACGCACAUAAACAGCUUGGAUUUGCUGGACAAAGCUCAAGCAAAACAAGCCAUAUUGGCUGAGCAAAAUAGGACUUCACCUUUCCCCACUGGGGUCCUUACACCACCACAAAGUAGUAAGAAACAGUCUGCCGGACUGAAGCAGAUGUGACUAUACAAACUGUUGACAGACAAUUUUGCUGAAGUGCCUGUUCUGCUGGUUCUAACUUCUGCUCCAUUAUGGAAAGGCUGCCAGUGAAGUUCAUAAGCUUUUAUGGAAUUUGAAAAGGAAACCUUGCCUUUUUCAUGACAGAAGAUUUUUUUCUAUUUGAAAUAUUUUUAUUGAACGUUAAAAUAUUUUAAAGAAAUGGAUCAAGUACACCAGCCACUUAAAAGAACACCGAAGAGUGCUCCAAAUGCUGCUAUGGAGGGUGAUGCUUGAUGUGACCAACUAUUCAGAAAAAGGGCUUGAAAUUUAGAUAAGGUACUGUGUCUGUGCCUGUUUGUCCUUUGGAUAAUUGGCAGUUAUACUGUUCCCUAUUGACACAUGGGCAAAAUGUACUGUGGAAGACUACAUUUCAAAGCCUUUUUUUCCAAUGGUUGGCUUACAACCUGAUGCCUUUUUAAAAACUCUUUAUUGUAAAUGCUGCUAUGUCUCUGUGUAUCCAUUUUUAAUAAAAAUGCUGUCUAAGACAGCUGGUUUUAUGUAUAUUCCUAUUUUUCUUUUAAUUAUGGUCAGCUAAGGUUUUUCAGACUGUGACCACUAGUAGCGUGAGAGUUCGGUGCAAAGAAUAUAGUAACUAUCACUUUAUUUAUUUACCACUACUGGCCUACCAAUGAAAGCAUCAUUUUUGGAUACUAAAGAUAAAAUUUUCAUGUUGGGCUAGUUAGAUUUUCCUUAUUCAGUUGCAAAUGACUAGAGGGGAUAAUAAGUAUGACAAGUAUAUGGGGAAUCCUUCCCCAACACAUGCUGAUGACAAAUGUGUUGGGAACUUCUUGAAUCAGUGUGUCUGGAUUGUUGUACUUAAUAGCAAGAAGUGAUCAGUAGGAAAGAAGCUUAUGUUUAAAGAAAACAAUUACUUAAACUUUGGGAUUUCAGCAUAUUCUUUGACAAUUAGUCACUUGUGCAAAUUUCAAUUCUGAAUGGUGUGUGCCUUUUAAUCUACAGUUUCAUAGGAAGUGUUGUCCUUAAUCUUUGUAACAUCUGAGAAUUCAUAGUAAGACCAUUUCUGGAAAGUCAUGUUUCUGAAGAAAAGGGAAAUAGAUGUAAAAAUGGUUGCUUGUUUUUCUUAUGAUGUUGAACAGUCCUUCAAAGCAAACAACACUGAAAACAUCUGUGAGACUACUAGAGUUCACCAUGUCCUGUAGAUUGUGUAGAUGCUAGAACAUUUGUAUUUCUGGAAGCUCCUACUCUGCUGAUGGUUAACUUUUCUAAAUGCUAGUUUCCACCGAGGCUGCUUUAAGUUAUUCUCCCUUUCCCUUCUACCUGACCCAGUAUUCUGAUAAAUGUUAAAGCUCUGAUGUAAUAAAAAUGCCUACUGUAACUAA